CUUGGGGGGUUGCCUCUUUAAAAUAACCUGGAGGCGCCUUGAGCGAAUUUAACACCCUCAGGGGCCGGUCCGUGCGCGAGUGAGAGCGAACGCAGGGUUUUUUAAAAAAAAAUAUUUUACAUAUAUAUUUUAAAAGUGCUUAGGUCGUCGCAGAGCACGACGCGUUCCUUUCUCUUCGAGGCGUUUUAUAUCUCCUAUUCCCGUUUCUAUUUCAAGGGAGAUGGUAGCGUUGCCUCAGCGGACCUAAGAAAGGAGAGAGGCAGCGACGAGGAGGGAAAGCAAGCGGUAGGUGAGAGGCCGCCUCAACCGUAUCCUCGAUUUAGCCCCUGCCGCGGGCAUGUCUCCCGUCAGUGAGGAGGUGGGAGCCGGGGACGCCGUCCCCACUGCCCCACUGCCCGCUCUCGAGGCGGUGGAGGGAGAGCCAGAACAGAAGAACAGGGAGUGGUACCCGCACGAGGCGUUCCUUGACUCCGUAGACAGAGCCGGGGCCCGGGGGGAGUCUUCUCUGGUGACGGGCUUCGUGACGACCGCGAGUCUCCCUGAGAAGCUGGAGCUGCCGCCGCCGCCGCCGCCGCCGCCACUUCCACUCCAGACGAAAGACAAGGAGCUCGAGCCCCCCGAGGGUGGCUGGGGGUGGGUGGUCAUGCUGGCCUCCAUGUGGUGCAACGGGACCGUGUUCGGCAUCCAGAACUCGUGCGGGGUCCUUUUCAAGUCCAUGCUCACGGAGUUCGGAGACCCCGGCGACAAGCAGCUGACGUUCAGGACAGCAUGGGUGAAUUCCCUAUGCAUGGGAAUGAUCUUCUUCUGUUCUCCCAUAGUCAGUGUAUUUACCAAUAUAUUUGGCUGCGGAAUAGUAGCUGUUGUUGGAGCAGCAGUUGCACUCAUGGGGCUUUUUUCAAGCUCAUAUGUAAGCUCACUUGGACCUCUCUACUUCACAUAUGGAAUCUUAUUUGGCUGUGGCUGCUCAUUUGCCUAUCAACCAUCCCUGGUCAUUUUGGGGCGUUAUUUCAAGAAGCGCCUGGGAUUGGUGAAUGGCAUUGUCACUGCUGGCAGUAGCUUGUUUACUGUAACACUGCCUUUUCUUUUAACUGUACUGAUAAAUUCAGUUGGCCUGUACAACACUUUGCGGAUCCUGUGCAUUUUUGUAUUUGUUCUGUUGUUGGCAAGCUUUACUUAUAUGCCUCUCAUUCCUGGUGAAAAAGAAAGAAGGAAAAAGGACAAAUCCACAUUUUCUGCAAAAAGGAUUUUUAAUUUUUCCAUUUUCAAAGUUAAGAGUUAUCUAAUAUGGGCUUUUGGGAUCCCAGUUGCCUUAUUUGGGUACUUCAUACCUUAUGUUCACCUAUUGAACCAUGUAAAAGAGCGUAUUGGUAAUGAUGUUCCAGAUGAGACACUUCUGCUUUGUCUUGGCAUUACUUCAGGAGCUGGCCGGUUGAUCUUUGGCAGAAUUGCAGAUUAUAUUCCUGGUGCAAAAAAGGUUUAUCUACAGGUGAUUUCAUUUCUCUUCAUUGGCCUGAUGUCUAUGAUGAUUCCAUUAUGCUACUCCUUUGGAGGUCUCAUUGCCGUCUGCCUCUUCAUGGGUCUUUUUGAUGGGUGCUUCAUUAGCAUUAUGGCACCAAUUGCCUUUGAGUUAGUUGGUGCACAGCAUGUUUCUCAGGCAAUUGGAUUCCUUUUGGGCUUCAUGUCUAUUCCAAUGACGGUUGGUCCGCCUAUUGCAGGAAUACUACACGAUUACCUAGGUACUUACGAUGUCGCAUUCUUCCUAGCUGGUGUUCCCCCUAUUAUUGGAGCAGUUGUGUUGUUUUUCAUCCCAUGGGUGCAUGAAAAGAAGAAUUGGAAAGAACAAGCUAGUCUUGUGGAUGGGGAAACUGUGGAGAAAAUGCUGGAAAUCAAAAGCACUUCAGUGCCAGACUCAUUUGAGAAACCCAGCAAAGAAUCAGAGUCUGUUAUUUAAUGGUUGAUAUUUUUCUACCAGAUUGAAUUUAUUUUUUUAAGAACUAGGUUAGCUUUCUGUUUAUGAAUUGAAUGUACCGUAUGAUUGUACUUCAAAAGCAAAGCCACAAUGAGAGCUACCAAACUAGUCAUGAAGGUUAAAACAAGAUUGCUAACAGCGAAAAAUGCCUUUCACCCAUUUUUGGAUAUGGUUUCAAAACAGUUCCAUGAAGCUUUGUGUCAUCAGAAUAUAUGCUAGUGAGUGCGUAUGAAAGGAGUACUUUAAAAAUACACACAUAUGAUCACAUUUCUGGAACUGAAGAAGUGUGCCCCUUUUACUAACUAAUCCUUUUAGAAUGCCUUCAGUAACUUCAUGAUCCAUCUAAUGGACUGACAUUCAUGCGGAAUUAGCAUCUUGAUGUUUAUAAGGCUACAGUUUGCAUGUGGAUUCACAACUUUUAGAUUCCCUUAAAGACAGAUUUAGCUAUGCCUGCGUCAAUUGAUUUCAACAGGUUUAAGAAUUGCAUAGGAUUGCGGCCUUAGUUUUUAAUCCUCCAGGAAACCAUAGCUAUAAACUAUGAAAACAUAUUUUCAUAAUGCAAUACUGACAAUUUACACUUUUGCUUAACUCUAUAAUAGACCCCUUCAUACAUUGCUUCAUAUAUCUCAAUAGUUUGAAGGUGGAUGACAUUGUGGCAACUUUAUGACUAUCAUAUUUUAAAUAACUUAAAUUAAACUGAUGAAUUAA